AUGAAUAACAAUCAUAGUCUUAAAUGUAUCAACAUUAUGGUUAUUUUAUUAUUCUUUAUUAUUAUUCUAUGUCAAUGUAAAAAAUUAAAAUUACCUAAAGAAGUACGUGAAGUAUUUCAAUUACAUAAAUAUUAUCGUAAUUCAAUACGUUUUUGUCAAAUGCCAAAUCAACCUCCAGCAAAACGUAUGUCAAAAUUAAAAUGGAAUACAUAUUUAGCAGAAAAAGCUCAACUUUCAGCUAGUCGAUGUGAUUACUCUUAUGAUAGUCCAAGUGAUAUGAAUUUUGAUGAAUUUGGUACAGUAGCACAAAAUAUUGCUGAUAGUCCAACAAUUGAAAAAGCAGUAGCCAGUUGGUUUGUUGAAUACAAGAGCUAUUCUUUUAUUGAUAACAAAUGCAAUGAUACAUGUAUGCAGUAUAAACAGAUAGUAAAAGGUGAAGAAACUGAAAUUGGUUGUGGUGUACAAAAAUGUGGCCAAAGAUUUUUAGUAGUAUGCAAUUAUUCACCAGCAGCUGAAGAAGAUAGACAACCGUAUGAAAAAGGCACUCAAGAAAAUUGCGAUGAUGUUGAUGAUGCAGAAUAUUAA